AUGACAAAGCCCGAAAACGCUAAUCACAUUCGAGAUAAAGCCGACUCGAGCCCUAGUCUAUUUCAAGUCCUGUAUAUUUUUGCACCGUACAGUAAAAAGAACCUGGUACUUGUGAAAAGUCCCUCACAGUGUUUAAUAGAAACCCGCCAGUGGGGACAAAAUUUUAAAAUCAUUCUUUUCCUACUCUCCUGGACGCUGAGCCACUCCCCUCCCCGGCUCGCGCCAGGGUGUUUCCCCGGCCCGGUGCUGGCCGACUCCAAGCUUUCAUCCUGUGUAGACUCCGAGAUCACCCGGGGCUUCUUGGUGUGUGUGUCUAACUGGUUGGUCUGCAACCCGGCCUACAGUGAAAAGCUAGAGGAAUUCAAGGAGCGCAUCCUGGCCUAUAAAUCACUGGCUACUAGAACUGGCCAGGAUAGCAGAACCGCAUUGCACUGGCUGAUUUCAGCAGGACAUACUGAAAUUGUUGAGUUCUUGCUGCAUCUUGGAGUGCCAGUAAAUGAUAAAGAAGAUGCAGGCCGGUCUCCUCUAAAUAUUGCAGCUUCUGCUGGCCGGGAUGAAAUCAUAAAAGCUCUCCUGGGAAAAGGUGCGCAUGUAAAUGCCACCAAUCAAAAUGGCUAUAUUCCCCUACAUUGUGCUGCUUCCAAAAACAGGCGUGAGAUUGCUGCUGUGUUCCUAGAAGGUGGGCCUAAUCCAGAUGCUCAUUAUGAGGCUACAGCAAUGCACGAGGAAGCAGCCAAGGGUAACCUGAAGACGAUUCAUAGCCUUCUGUACUACAAGGCAUCCACAAACAUCCAAGACACGGAGGGUAACACUCCUCUACACUUAGCCUGUGAGAGAGUAGAAGAAGCAAAGCUGCUAGGGUCCCAGGGAGCAAGUAUAUACAUUGAGAAUGAGGAAGAAAAGACACCACUGCAAGGGUCCAGAGGUGGCCUGGGUUUAAUACUCAAGACAAUGGUUGAAGGUUAA